CGGGUGACGUCAGCGCACGCGGCGGCCACUCGAGAUCCGUUAGCGAAUCCUUACGCGAAGGAGACGUCGGUGGUGCCGGUGCCGCUGGACCCCGAAAAGAUGGAUCAGAUGAGGUCCAUCGAAACAAUGGCCAAGAUCGUCGAGUUGGUCACCGAACCGUCAAUCGGACGAUCGAAUUUCGUCCAUACGAAAAUUGCGGUACAUGUAUAGGGCCCUUGCUGAUGGCAGCGUGUACUUAAGCUUUCGUCUUGUUCCGUUGACAGGUUCCGAGCCGGCCCAUAGAAAGGAAAAAACCUUUCUCAAAACCGCUCAUUCCUCUUCCUCCCCUGCUUCUCCCCUUAUCCCUCUUCGUCCCCAGUUUCCCAAGACCUAACCCUAGUUUUUCCGGGGUUUUUGGCAUCCCGAUCCUCGUCGCCGUUUCCCUGCCGGAGGAGCGGCGGGAGACGGAUCGGGCCCGGGAAUUCGCGCCGCGGGGGAUCUCGAUCUGCGAUGGGAUCCAAUUCGAUCGAGGACUACUGGAUCGAUGGCGGAGGGUCGGAUGGCGAGUUGCGCUGCGCUCUGGAGAACUUCUGCGGUAUCGGUCCGACCUCCGGGUACGACAAUGGAUCCCCCCCCCCCCCCCUACCGAUUCCUUACGUUCAGUGCAACGCCGUGUCGUGAGGAGUCGAAUUAGCUCAGAAUUGGGAUUCAAGAGGCAUACAUGGAUGUUUGCAACCUUGACCAGGCCAGCUCGAGGAAAAGGGUAAGAGAUGAAUCAUGUUCAGGACCCAAGACUAAAGCGUGCCGUGAGAAAAUGCGGCGGGAUAGGCUAAAUGAUAGGUUUUUGGAAUUGAGUUCGAUCCUUGAUCCUGGUAGGCCUCCUAAGUCUGACAAAGCCAGUAUUUUGGGUGAUGCGGCUCGUGUAUUGGUGCAGUUAAGAAGUGAAGCACGACAACUUAAGGAAUCAAAUGAAAAGCUUCAAGAAACAAUUAAAGAUCUAAAGGUGGAGAAGAAUGAGCUUCGGGAUGAGAAGACGAGGUUGAAGGCAGAUAAGGAGAGAUUGGAGCAACAAGUCAAGGCCAUGAGUGUGCCUCCAGCAGGAUUUAUGCCACAUCCAAUUGCAUUCCAUCCUGCUGCAGCCACUGUUGCAUUUGCUCCACAUGGUCAGGCUCCAGCAAACAAAGCUGGCUCCGUUACUGCAUUCCCUGGUGUGGCCAUGUGGCAAUGGAUGCCUCCCGCAGUUGUGGAUACCACACAAGAUACCAAGCUUUGGCCUCCCAAUGCGUAGGCCCUCAAAAUGCAGCAGCCGCAUCAUUUUGCUGACCCUUCAUUUACUCCGUUUUUCUCUCAUGCUAAAUUUUAGUAUUUAUAGUCUCUGAUGGGAGUUCAUUUGGUCCUAAAAUGAUCCUCUGACAUUUUUACUCAUGUUGUAAGGAUUAUGCUUGUUCGAGUAUUUCAAAACCCAUGUAAGCACAUUGGCUUACUUCAUGUUAUGGUAUCCGUGGUCAGAAGCAAUCCUUUUAUCAGGGUACUUUUCAAGAUUGAAGAAAACCAUGUUACUACUUGUAAGAGCGUUA